UAUAAUAAGAAAGGAAUUAGGAAAAGAUAUUUUCGUCAGCGCCGGAACAUUUUGUGGCGGGCAAUUAAUUCAGGCUUAUACUAAGAAAAAACAGCAAGUUAUCCAUGAUAGGGCAGUGGUUGUUUUUCUUGCUGAGAACCCUUCCCCACUAACACCCACAUUUUUCAAUCCUAAAUCAGUAAAACAUGGAAGGAAGUGCAAUCAAGGAGGCGGGUAUCAGUAUCAGUCAGAAGAAGAAAAUAUUUGUAGCUGGUGCAACUGGAAAUACUGGGAAGAGAAUUGUUGAGCAGCUUUUGGCUAAAGGUUUUGCUGUUAAGGCCGGGGUUCGUAAUGUUGACAAGGCUAAGUCUAUCUUACCUGAAGCAAACCCUCUUCUUCAAAUUGUGA